UCGCCAGACUUUCACUCCUGGCAUCUGCACCAGGACUCCCCUCAACAUGGCGACACUCAGACAGAUCUUGGUGGUGGUGGUCGCCGCUGUCGCUCUCACCGACGGUUUCGCUGUUCUGAAGCCGGAGAAGGUGAACAGAGAAAAGCGACAAGCUACUACACAGUAUCCGUCGUCUUAUACAACAUACAACUACGGCACAACCAGCUAUCCCUGGAAUUCCUACUCAACUUCUAGCGGGUAUCCCUGGCAAUAUUCCACAACCUACAGCCCCUACCAAACAACUGGCUACAACUAUUGGAACAACUACGACACAACCUACAACCCCUGGCGCUAUGAUACAACAUACAACAAUUGGAACAACUACGACACAACCUACAAUCCUUGGCGCUAUGAUACAACAUACAACAAUUGGAACAACUACGACACAACCUACAACCCCUGGCGCUAUGAUACAACAUACGACUAUUGGAACUACUACUACACAACCUACAACCCCUGGCGCUAUGAUACAACAUACGACUAUUGGAACUACUACUACACAACCUACAACCCCUGGAAUCGUUACGAUUACUGGCAAACACAGUCUCCUAACCGCGACAACCAAGACGUUCUUUUGGAAGCCCUCGCCGAAGAUGUGGUCGCGGAGGCCCGGGAGGUGGUGAGCGGCGCCGAGGAGACCCUCGAAAAGGCAAACGACCUUGAGGAUGCCGUUUUUCGCGCAGACGGCGAGGGAGAACCACGCAGAAAUGAUUACCCCAUUUUUUACAGAUAAAGUCUUGAAAUUAAAGUCUGUCGACCGAUGCUGACGUUUUCAGUGGCCCUAAAGAUGACCACCUCUCACUCUCCAAAGCUAGUCGCGACAUAGGUCGCGAUAUGUAGGUUUAGUUUGACAUAUCUGUGAAGAAAGACGCAAAUAAAAAAAAAAAAAACCAAA